ACAAUAAACUAUAGAGGCCCCGAGAGAUAGAGAAACUGUGUGUACCUGUUUACGCCGGAGAAAAAUCGGAAAUCCAUGGCUGCAGCAAUGCUAAAGCAAUCGGCAAUUCUAAGGACAGUGGGUGGAAGACUAAGGCAUGCUGCGUUCUCACGUUCCUAUGCUUCUGUGUCGGUUGGAACAGAUCUGGUCGCUGCCGCCCCUGACGUUUCUCUACAGAAAGCUCGCAGCUGGGACGAGGGUGUUUCCUCUAAAUUCUCCACCACCCCUCUGAAAGAAAUUUUCCAGGGGAAAAGAAUCGUCAUAUUCGGACUCCCUGGUGCAUAUACAGGAGUUUGUUCGGCCCAACAUGUCCCAAGCUACAAGAAUAACGUUGACAAGUUCAAGUCUAAAGGCAUUGAUCACGUAAUCUGUGUAGCUGUCAAUGAUCCAUAUACCCUGAAUGGCUGGGCAGAGAAACUUGAGGCCAAAGAUUCUAUUGAGUUUUAUGGGGAUUACGAUGGGAGCUUCCACAAGAGUUUGGACCUGGGAAUAGAUUUAUCGGUUGCUUUGCUCGGCCCUCGGUCUCACAGAUGGUCGGCUUAUGUUGUUGAUGGCAAGGUGAAAGCCCUGAAUGUUGAAAAGGCUCCUUCUGAAUUCCAUGUAUCUUCUGCAGAUGUAAUCUUGGGACAGAUAUAAAAUCUUCAUGGGGGGAUUUUCGUCUUUUUUUCUGCAGUCAAUAAUGGCUUUUCUUCUUUCUUUCUGCAGUCAAAUAAUGUUGUAUAUUGAUGGUUAAGUUGUUCAUAAAACAACUCAAACCUCGUAUAGACAAUGUUUAUAUUUUUACAGGUUGUUUUUGCGACACCU